AUGUCCAUGUCCUUAGAAGUUCCAUUAAUUCUUCUAACAGAAAAUGAAACUUGUUUCAUAAAAAAACACUUCAAUAAUAAUUUUUUAGUUGUUGUUUUAAUGGAAUCUUGGAACGAUGAACUUCUUAAUGGACUUUUAGAGAGUCUUCAUCAAAUUAGAUUGUGCAAAAUCAUAUUUAUUCUUGAGGAUUCUAGCUACUUGAUGGAUUUGUUUAAAUUUUGUUGGACAAAUGGAAUGAUAAAUGCUAUUACUGUCCUGAAGGACUUUGAAAAAACGACAUUAGUUCACACCUACUCAAACUUUCCAGUAUUUGUUAUUGAAGAAAUCAAAUGGAAAAUGAGACAAAGUAUGGAAAAAUUCUUCCCAGAUCGCUUAAGAGACCUGCAUGGAUAUCAACUACCACUUUUAGUUGGAGGACCAGAUAAUAAUAUGUUAGUUUCAAAAAACAAACUUGGUGAAAUAGUACUCAAAGGCUGUGUGGGACAUCUUUUUCAAGCUUUCCUAAGCAAACAUAAUCUCAAGAUCAAACCAUCCAAUAUUAGUUUACACCUUCCAGCUCAACAAAUUCUUCAACUUGUUCUCAAUCAAAGUAUUGAAUUAUCAACAGCUGCAACUUAUCCCGCUAUUCCAAUGGAUUUAUACACAUAUCCUUUUGAUUUGUCAGAUUGGUGCAUAAUGCUUCCGAUUGAACCGAGAAUUCCCAUCUUCGAAGUGUUUAUGAUAAUAUUUCAUCCAAAGGCAUUGAUAAUUCUCAUUGGAAUUAUGACAGUUCUAUCAGCAUUGCUAGAAUCAGCUAUAACAUUGACAAUUGGUGGAAAGAGUUCAUUGUUGAACUAUUUCAUCAAAAAUAGUGUUUUCAGGGGAAUACUUGGUCAAUCUUUUGCCGAAGAGAAAAAAGCUACCAUCACUAUCAAACUUAUCUAUUUACUAAUAUGUUUGUUGGGUUUAAAUAUUGUCACUUCGUAUGGAGCAUUUCUUCAAACCUUCAUUACUCAUCCUCCAAGUGGAAAACGUAUCGAAUCAUUUGAUGAUUUACUUGCAUCAAAAAUGAAGGUCUACAGUUUGAAGGCAGAAGUCGAUCGAUUGACAAUUUCUGAACCACGUUUUCGACAGAAAUACUACGAUAUGUUUUUAUUCGAAAAGAAUUUCACCAAAUACUUAAAUUUGAAUUAUUUUUUCAACACUAAUUAUGCUUAUGUGGUGACAAAUAUCAAAUGGAUAAUAAUUCAACAUCGACAAAAAACUUACAGUCGUCUGUUAUUUCGUUUGCCUAAGGAUAUGUGUAUGUUUCGAAAUAUUCCAUUGGUAUUUCCAAUCAAUGAAAAUUCAAUAUUUAAAGAUGUUUUGAAUUAUCUAUUAAUUGAAGUUCAAUCGUCGGGUUUGAUGGAUUUUUGGAAGAGAAGAGUAUUUUAUGAGCUUGUUGAAGCUGGAAAACUUCAACUUGACGAUUCGACAGUGAAGAGAAGUGCUGAGCCGUUGAAAGUUAAAGAUUUGAUGUCGGUAUGGAUAAAUUUGGUGUUGGCUUAUUUUGUGGGAAUUUUGUGUUUUUUAUGUGAAAUUUCGGUUUAUCGACGGAAGAUUCGGAAGGAAAAUGAAGCUCGAUGGAAGUGGUUUUUAGAUUAAUUGAUCUUAGAAGAUAUGUGUUAAAAUCUAUCAAAGUGUCUAUAAAUAAAAUAGUUGAACUUUA